AUGGCACCUUUCCUCCGCGACAUAUUUAUACUUGCAACUAUCGUCUCUUCCGCCCUUGCUAUUCCGACCAGCGAGUCAUUGCCUCACACGUCCCCUGCGCCGAAAGUCGCCUUUACGCACCGAGAUAAGCCAGCAGGGCUAUUCGGAAAGCUACGUAAUGCCCUUAUAGAAGGGAUCUGGUCCAUCCCCAGCAAAUCCUCCUACCAGUCCUCCCUAGGCUUCAGACUACCGAAGGCGCCCGAAGGCUUUCGCGCUCGCUAUGGCGCUGAUGUUGUAUUGCGCUUCCGAGUCAAGACGCAGGAAGAGGCGAAGACCAUAUCGGAAGCGGCAGAUAUCCUGUAUUUGGACAUUUGGGAGGCAACAAAUGAGUGGGUGGACAUAAGGAUAGCAAAAGAAGUGGUGCCUUCCUUUAUUGGACUCCUCCCGCCAUCGCUGCAGGACUCAUACGUCCCCCUGAUACACGAUAUCGCUCGGGCAGUUUACGACACGUACCCCGACUCGUCCUCGACGCACGAAAGGGCGUUGAUGUCGAGCCUCACAGAUGCGCCCGACUGGCGAUUGAAGGGCAACACACCUCAUGACCUGUUCUUCCAGGACUACCAGCCUCUCAGCGUCAUGUAUCCGUGGCUGCGUCUGCUCGCGUCCCUUUUUCCGACCCACGCAUCCUUGACCACUAUCGGCACAUCUGCUGAAGGUCGCGAUAUCCCAGCAUUACGGAUCGGCUCCCGGUUCAACUCCACCACGGCGGACUCUCACGAUUCUAGGCAUACAUUGCUUAUAGUAGGAGGCACUCAUGCACGCGAGUGGAUUUCAGUAUCGACAGUUGCCUUCAUCGCCUACAGUCUCGUCACUCGGUAUGGUCACCCUCAGUUUUCCGAGGUCACCAAGAUACUUGAUCACUUCGAUUUGGUCUUCAUUCCUGUUCUAAAUCCUGACGGAUAUGAGUACACCUGGACAACUGACAGAUUAUGGCGCAAAAAUCGACAAUCUACGUCCAUUCCGUUCUGUCCCGGCAUCGAUUUGGAUCGUGCAUUCCGGUUUGGCUGGGACGGUCACUGGAAUAGGGAUAAUGCCUGUAGUGACGACUAUGCUGGUCCAGAGCCGCUUGCUGCUGUCGAAGCUCAAGUACUGACAGAGUGGGCCAGGAAUGAGACAGCCUACAACAAUGUCUCCUUCGUGUCAUAUCUGGAUUUCCACUCCUAUUCGCAGGAGGUGCUGUAUCCAUACAGCUACACGUGUGACACGGCUCCUCCAAACCUCGAGGAUCUGGAAGAAGUUGCGCUAGGCAUAGCAAAAUCGUUCCGCCUAGCCAACGGACACUUCUACAACGUGGAAAGUGCCUGCGAGGGCGACAUUGCUGUCCAGAGCGAAACAAAACAGACUCGGGUUCAGAUAGAAGCGCAAGGUGGUUCGGCCCUGGAUUUCUUCUACCACGAUUUGGACGUUAAGCUGGCAUUCCAAAUCAAGCUCAGAGAUACCGGGACAUACGGCUUCUUGCUGCCAAGGUCACACAUUCUGCCGACUGGUCAAGAAGCCUACGAGGGCGUGGUCGGUCUGGGCCGAUGGAUGUUGAGCAAUCAUGGCAUUGAGAAUAUUGACGACCCGCGUUCAGUAUGGGGAAAUGAGGAUCAGGGCACUUAUUAUCAGAACGCGGGGAGCACCCAAGGGUUUGAAGAGUCGAGCACCGAGGAAGAAUACGAUAUUGACGAGGACGGCUUUGAGGUGAGAAGAAGACGGCGAAGAUGA